CUGUUCGUUGCUGGGAAAGGGUGAUGGUUCCACGUGUUGUCACUGCUAUUAAUUAUAUGCUAUUAUAAAGAAUACUAGAGUUAUGGCUGCCAUUUAUUCAGGGAUCCACCUGAAGCUAAAGAAUUCCAAGACAUCUUGGGAAGAUAAGCUAAAAUUAGCUCACUUUGCAUGGAUUUCUCACCAGUGUGUCCUUCCUAAUAAGGAACAGGUUUUACUUGACUGGGUGAGUCAUACUUUGUCUGGAUGUCGUAUAAAUAAACGAAAUCUGGAGAGGGAUAUUGAGCAGAAGCUAUGGAGCUUUUUAGACAACAUUCUACACAGCAAGGCCCUGCAUAUUUUGCUGAAAGAGAAGAAGACUGUAAGCCUUCGAUUUACUAUUGCACAGGCCAUAAAUGACUGUAUUGCAGCAUCUUGUACUCACCAAGGACUGAGGGACGGUAUCAGCACUGUGCUAAGCUGUUGUCAAGGCAUUCUAUCUACACCUUCACUCUCCUAUGUAUAUACAGCAAAAUUUGAGUUGAUAGUAGACCUGCUAAGUAAAUUAUCUAUUUUAGCUUGUCAGUAUUUGACUUCAGAAAAGCCAAUCACCCCAUUAGUAUUUGAUCUACUUCAAAUAUCCUUCACACAGUACAUUCAGAUACAAAGACAGCAGACUAAUCCAAACAGAGUGUUUUCACAUGUACUAUCACAGUUAUUUCAGCCAUGCCUACUUUUGAGACAUGCUUUGAACACCCGAUCAUGGAACAAAGAAGAUGAUAAUCGUGUGCGCCAUCAGCUAAGCAAGGAUCUUCGAGUUAAAGCAGAGGCUGUUCUUCAGAUGGGACUUUUCCAGUUUGAGCUUCUGCCGUCUUACAUAGAAGAGCUGCUCCCUGAAAAGGAUCAGACUGAAAAGAAAAAAGGGUCACUCAAAACACUUUUAACACCGAUAGGUUCCAUGUUGGUUAAACUAAGGGAUUGCAGCUUCUUUGACACCAAAAUAUACACUUCAGUUGUAAACAAUUCAAUCCCUCUUCUGUACAAGCUUUUUUUGGAGUCCUAUUGUAAAGAUGACAACCAACUUACCUGUUUCUAUAUGUUAGUCAGACUUUAUGAGUGCCUUCAAUCCACUGUUAUUCCUGAGCAAGAAGACUUCUCUGUUUCAUCCAAUGGGAGCGUGCCUUUUUUUGCUCUUGAACAAAUGCUAAAUCUUGUCCUCAAUCAUGAUGUUUACAGUGUUGCUGUAGAUCGCAUAAGGCACAAGGAAAUUCAGUACAAUUUCUACAGAAAAUUAUCAGAGAUGCUUGUGUGCAACCCAUGCACCUCUACACCUGCUUGGUUUAGGUGCCUGAAAACGUUAAUCUUGUUAAACCAUAUGAUUGUUGAACCGGAUCUUGAUGAUCUGGUGUCAUGUGCUUGGAUUGAUGCUAACAUUUCAGACAUGAAAGUUAGGAAAGCACAGGAAAUAUUGAUUGGAAUCCUCUUGCAGACAUAUGCAAAGCUUCGCCAGUUCUCCAAACUUUUCAAAGAAGUUCUGAUUAUUAUAUGUCGACCAGCAAUUGAUGAACUUAGAGAGCCAGUUUUCUCUCCUCAAAUAACUAAGAAGCUUUCUGAACUCAUGCUAGAGCUUCCUCCAAGCCAAAUUUUAGAUAUCUGGGACAUGAUAUUGGAAAAAUGCCAUACUUUUAUUCUUCAUGGCAUUAAAGGUGAUUCUGAUCUAUCCCUAAAAUUAUACUCUCUUGCAUCUAUGUUGUAUUGUUUUAUUUUUAACAUGAAGACCAUGGACAAUAUUACCCCUUUACCCGUUCUAGUUUGUUUCCAAACUCUCAUUAAAAAAAUGAAGGACAAAUUGAUAAACCCUUUACUUAAAAUUAUUAAAGAUCAUUGUGCAGACACUGAUUCAGCAGAUUGUCUCCAGAAACUAUGUGACUCUACUCUUCUGUUAUGUUACACUUGGUUAGAAGUGAAUACUGUUACCUCAUUGAAUUGCAGCAAAUAUUGUUCCCAGCUUGAGAAACUGACGACUCCCACAGACUGUCCUACUGAAGGUUGGGACUAUUCAUUAUUCCUUGAAGAUAAAGACUGUUGGCAGAAGGUAGUCAGGUUGUCUGUGCGAUCUGUUGGUAGAUACUGUUUACUGCUGCUGUGUGUUCAGAAAAUGAAAUACAUAUUAAUACAAAAUAAAUCUCUAAGUGAGAAUGAACUGUUAACUCUACAUGCAUCUGCAUAUUUCAUUCUUCAUCAUGAAGGUAAUCUCCAAGUAACCAGUGCCAAUGAGCCUUGGAGUGGCAAUGCUUGCACAGUGAAUGCAGAUUGCUUUGCAGCUGCUCAAUGGCACCUUAUAAUGUCAAACUUUGUAAUAAUUCAUCCAUACUUGUCUGCAGAAGACACCUAUAGUGUAGCUGAAAUACUUGUGGAAACCCUACUUUCUGGACCUCAUGCACAAGCAAAUCAAGAUACAGAAAUUACACUCAAAACAGUCUCUGCAAGCCUACUCCAAAGUGAUUCUUUUCCAGAAAUGCAUCUCACGCAAAGUGCAUUCAUAACCAGCCUCAUUGAAAAGUGUGCCAUGAGCAAGCACAAAGAUUUGAGUGUGACACUAAAUUUUUUUUGUUCGAAAAACCUACCAUGGCAUGAAAAUGCUCUUUAUUUUAACAAAACAGCACCCCAAGAAUUCAUAAGUGCUGCAGUUAACAAAGUAAAUCAUGACUUUUCCUUGUGCUGGGCUAAAAUGGAAAAUGCAUCACAAAACAUCUUGUUAGCUAGCCGAUCACGCAAUUGUGAAAAUCUGAGUGAAAGGGAUAAAGACUAUCUUAUAUGUGUGAUAGAAUGCAUUUCUUUAUUGAAGCCUGACGCUCUAUCAAGCUCUGAUCAAAGUCGCUGUUUUCUUUUACUACUUAGUUUGGCUAAGAUAGGCUGUUCACCCAGUACCCUUGGCCUGAAGUCUGCCUGUUAUAAACUCUUGACAUAUUUGAUAACCGGAAAGCAUUCUAAAUCAGUGCUCAGGCUGCUGUAUGCUAGUGACAUUUUCGAACUUGUUUUUAGUUCACUUUUGGCCACAAAAUGGGAAUUAAGUGAUAUAAUAGUGCUGCAGAAGGAAUGGCCACAUUUUAUUGAGACUUUACGGUCAUUUCUGGAAAGCUUGAUUUGUUUAAUAGCAAAAAGAAAGAGCUUUCUUCUUAACGUGGAAAAAAUGUUGGCCUUUGUGGUACGUUCCAUCCCAGAUCCAGAAAGUACAGAUUGGAACUUCUACGUGGGGCAUUUGAUUCUUGUAGCUUUCACAACAUUGUGUACAAUCAUGACGCAGUGCCUCCAGAAACAAUGCUCCCAUGAGCAGCAUACUGAAACUUUGUCCACACUGCUGAAUCAAGCUGUAAUGAAUAUGGGUACAGUAAUCCACCUAUGUCUAAAAGUCAGUGAUUCAUCUCAAAUACUGCCCUCUUUUUUUGUAUCGUGCAUCACAACACUUCUUAAAGCUGAGUUAGUUAUUUUGCCAUUAAUGGAUGUUGCCUGUGACAAAGUCGAACUUAAGCACAUUGAGCUGUACAAACGUGUCUGCUCACAAAUUCUGAAAGAGAUUUACUAUGCAGAGAGUCAAACUGUUUUCCUGAAAUCUGCCUCACGCUAUUUGGCAAUCUGUGUUGGAGUAAAGGAAAUUUGCAUGUCCCAAGAAAGUCUGAUAAAGUUUCUGAAAAAGCUUUUUAUGGGCCCAUGGGUAAAUUUCCAGAUUAUUCAGAGUGUAUCCGUUGACUUAAUUGAGUUGAUUACUCACAUGACAAAGAGCUGCAGUGAUGAGGAAUUUGUUCUAAUGAUGAAGUAUGUUCUCCAGUGGCUUGAAGUCAACAACUUGUGGAAACAAAAUUAUAAAGAACCAUUUGCUGGCAUCAUACUGCUUAAGCUGCUACUCAGUUGCCCAUUAAGUGGAGAGAGAAUCAAAAUAUUCUGGUGUACAGCCCCACAGAUCACUACAGUUUUAGUGACAUUAUGCAAAGAGUCUUGUAAAGAUCGCUUGUUACUUCCCACAAUUGUUGUGCCUAUUUUGGAGGCUUUAGCCUUAUUGUUAAGGCAUGGUGAAUCAUAUCUAAAAAAUCCGCAUCAUGUUACACUGUCAUACAGCAUUCUUUUAACAGUGCCACUGGAUCACUUGAAGGCAGAAGAUUAUUACAGCAUUUUCCUGGGCGUACAUGAAGUUCUUUUUUCCAUACUGCAAUAUCAUUCAAAGUCCAUGUUGAAGGCUAUUCCAUCGUUUUUGAGCUGUUUUUUCAGACUAGUUAUAUCUGUUAUGCACGAGGGACGGCAGAAAGGAGACAAAGUUAGAGCACCUGAAUCUGAAGUUGUACUGCAGUGUGCACAGCUCGUAGAGAGAAUGUAUACCCAUAUUGCUGCUAAGACAGAAGAUUUCACUGUAUUUUCUGCUUUUAUAGUUUCACAAUAUGUAAAUGAACUGCAGAAGGUGACACUGCAACCUGCUGUGAAGAAACAUUUAACUGAAGGCAUCUUCAAUAUUCUUGCACUGUGUAUUGACCGUGAUAUCAAAUUCUUAAAUGCAUCCUUACAAAUGGGAGUUAGGGAAGUGUUCAAAGAAUUGUACCAAGAUUACAUUCAUUGCCGCAAGAACCAAGGAGAAGAAAAAUAUGCAGCCUGACAAUGUUUAUAUUUUCUGAGUUAAACAAAAUAUAUAUAUUUCCAUAUAUUAAAUCAUUUCAGCAUUUA